AGUUCGUGUAAACCGUAAAACGAUUUGGGUCGGUCGCAAAAAGUGUUAAUUUCGUCGGCAGCUUUUGACGAAUGUCAUCAAAAGCUUGUCAAUGAACGUGGACGGGCGCUAAGUUGAUCAGGCAUGGAAAUUGGAAGGGAGCUCGCGCCUCGCUCUCACCUCUUCUUCCUUCUGCCACUUCCACUUCCACUUCCACGCCUCACGGCUGGCCAUUCCUCCCCUCAACCGGCUGAGGUGUCGAUCAGUCCACAAGCUUAGACAAUUAAGUAGGAAAACACGUAUCAUUUUCACCUUUUUCUUCUUACUCUUAUCAUUUUUUAUUUUUAUUUUUGUUUUACCAUCUUUGAAUGAUGUACGAGUAAACGUUUUACAGUUGGAGAAAUUUUCGUUCAAUUACAUCGUUUCACCCGGGAAAAGUUUUAUUUUCUGUGCAAUGGAUCAAAUAAGAUCAAAGGACCAGCAUGCCUACGAACAUACUUUGAUGUAUGGGAGGUACACGAAAGAGCUCGGUGCCUUCGCGAAGGAAGAAGCGAAAAAACACAAGAAAAAGAAGAAAGAAGACGUCGACGUCGACGAUCUCAUACACUCAACCAAACAAAAAGGCCGAUGUAGAGGAAGAGUAUCAAAAGUGGUUGCCUGGAUCUGGAGACACACCUUUGCAAGACUUGGUGAAGACUGGGUGUUUCUUGCCCUUUUGGGUCUUAUCAUGGCUUUCCUCAGUUUCUUCAUGGACCAUGGAAUUAACAUGUGCAAUAAAGGCAGAAUAUGGCUGUACAGGGACUUGGCGACACACCCAGUUGUACAAUAUUUUGCAUGGGUGUCACUUCCUUUGUGCCUAAUCCUUUUUUCUGCAGGAUUUGUCCAUAUAGUUGCACCACAAUCGAUAGGUUCUGGAAUUCCAGAAAUGAAAACCAUCUUAAGAGGUGUGGCUCUUAAAGAAUACCUGACAUUUAGGACUUUGGUUGCAAAAGUCAUUGGUUUGACCGCAACUCUAGGAAGUGGGCUACCACUUGGUAAAGAAGGACCGUUUGUACAUAUAGCCAGCAUUGCUGCAACUCUACUUUCUAAGCUAGUCACUUCAUUUCAAAGUAUUUAUGAAAAUGAAUCCCGUAAUACAGAAAUGUUGGCAGCAGCUUGUGCAGUCGGUGUUGCCAGCUGUUUUGGUGCGCCAAUUGGAGGUGUUCUAUUUAGCAUUGAAGUAACAACUGUGUAUUUUGCCAUACGAAAUUACUGGCGAGGUUUUUUUACUGCUGUAUGCGGCGCUACCGUCUUCAAGUUACUUGGUGUCUGGUCCAGGAGAGAAGAUACUGUCAAGGCGUAUUUCCAGACCAAUUUCACGAUGGACUUUCCCUUCGACCCACAAGAACUUCUAGUCUUUUCAUUGAUGGGGGUUGUUUGUGGACUCGGAGGUGCCCUCUAUGUUUGGUCACACAGGCAGUAUGUGCUGUUCAUGAGACGAAACAAGAGGAUGAAUUCAUUUCUUCAGAAGAAUCGAUUUUUGUACCCUGGAAUUGUAGUCUUACUUUCAUCAUCUGUAUCAUUUCCCCUUGGACUGGGCCGCUACAUGGCUGCCGACUUAAACACCCAUGACCAAGUUGUAGGUCUCUUCAGUAAUUUCACCUGGAGUAAGGAAGAUUUCACAGUCGAGGAAGCAGAAGUUUUAAUGCACUGGAAAACUGAUCAUACGGAUACAUUCGUCAGCCUGGCUGGUUUUAUUUUAUUUACUUUUGUUUUUUCAAUAGUCGCCUCAACAAUCCCAGUGCCUAGUGGAAGUUUUAUACCUGUUUUCAAAAUUGGAGCAGCUCUUGGAAGAGUAGCUGGAGAGCUGAUGCAUGUCGUCUUCCCUAAAGGAAUCUUUCACAAGGAAUUUGUGACUCCUAUCAUCCCAGGUGGGUAUGCAACAGUAGGGGCCGCUGCUUUCUCUGGUGCUGUAACGCACACAAUUUCUGUGUCAGUGAUUGUUUUUGAAAUGACUGGACAAAUCACACACAUCAUACCAAUAAUGAUUGCUGUUUUGAUUGCAAAUGCUAUCGCUUCUCUUUUACAACCCUCACUAUAUGACAGUAUAAUUUUAAUUAAAAAACUUCCUUACUUACCGGAUCUUCUUCCUUCAAGUUCAGGAAUUUAUAAUGUAUAUGUUGAGGAUUUUAUGGUACAGGAUGUGAAAUUUAUUUGGGACAACAUGAGCUAUCAUGACUUGAAAGCAGUUCUCAAAGAAAAUAGAAAUCUGAGGAGCUUUCCUCUUGUCGACAAACCUGAAAACAUGAUUCUCUUAGGAUCAAUACAGAGGUUAGAGUUAAUUAAAAUUAUCGAGAAGCAUGUCGGUAGAGAACGGAGGUUACAGGUUGUUGCACAGUGGCAAAAAGAAGCACAGGAGAGGGCAAAAGAAGAAGAGAAAAGGAGAAAAGAAAAUGAAAAACAGAGAAGGCCAUCAAGAUUUGAAGUCACACCAGCACCAGACAUACUGAAGAUGAAGCAGCAAUCCAGUGGAAACAUAAACACUCUUGUAGAUCGACCUCAAUUCAAUCCAGUUUUUGGCACACAACCCAAAAAGUCAAUAUUGAAAAAGACAAACUCAUUCAAUCUGAGGCAGUACAGCCCACUCAUGACACCUGUCAAUACACCAUACACCACUGUUACAGGAGCUGAAAGCAGGAUUAGAAUGGCUUUUGAAGCCAUUUUCCACAAGUCGACAACUCUUCAGGAUGUAGACCCUAGUCCAGGAGGAAGCCCAGAGCAGGCAUGCCUCACACCUGUGGUAACCCCUUCCCCCUCUUUACCUGCAAGCCCCGGGCCUAAUAAAAAAGUUCAACUUCCAAGGGAAAGAGUGAUAGAUAUGUCGCCAGAAGACCAAAAGGAGUGGGAAGAAGAGGAGUUGUGUCGGGGUGUCAGCUUCACCGAUUGUCAUAUAGAUCCGUCUCCAUUCCAGCUAAUCGCUAGGACAUCUCUUCUAAAAGCACAUUCCAUAUUCUCCCUUGUGGGAAUCAAUCAUGCCUAUGUUACUAACAUCGGGAAACUCGUAGGAGUUGUGGCCCUCAAAGAGUUGCGGAAAGCAAUUGAAGAUUCAAAUGCUGGAAAUAUUCCUGGACAUCUUCCUACACAUGGACUUCCAUUGAUCAAUAAUAAUGACAAUCCUGUCAAAGGGAACAAUACUACUAGUCCCUCUUGAAAAUCUCAGCUGGUUUGGGAUUAAAAAAAGAAAAGUAAUUAAUGAAUAUUGUGAUAUAUCAAAAUAUUAGAAUUAUCUAUAAUGUAAAUAUUAAUUACAAAGGUUACAAACAAAAGAGAAAGAAU